CAAACUUGUUCGAGCUCUACAACACCGUGCAAGGCACUCCACCUUUACCCUUGAAAUCGCAUUUUAUUUUCGUUCCCAAGAUGGCAGACCUCGAAGCACUAGGCAAAAAACUCACAACUGAAGGGCCUCAUAAAGUUGAAGGUACACCUCGCCGAGUUCGCGGUUUGCUGGGUGGGAAGUAUGUUUUCGAUACUACCAGUGCUAAAUAUGUUUGGGAGCACGCUUAUUAUCCAUAUUUCUACAUCCCCAAAACUGCCUUUGAGAAGGGAGUGCUGGAGGAAGUUGGGUCCUCGGCAAAGAAGUCAUAUUGGCUAGGAAAACUGAGCGCAGGAGGGAAGAUCACAGAUAGAGUUCUUGCAUUUGAUCAUGCAGGGCCGCUGGAAGAUCUCGUGCGCAUUGAAGUCUCUGCUCUCGAUGGCUGGUUUGUGGAAGACGAAAAGCUUCUCGGUACUCACCCAAAAGACCCCUACAAGCGUGUAGAAUGCAUCCCCUCUUCCCGCGAGAUCCGAAUCGAGGUCGAUGGCACUGUUCUUGCGAAGAGCUCACAAAACGUAUUUCUGUUUGAGACGAUGUUAAGACCAAGGUAUUAUUUGGCUACUACGAGUAUGAAUUGGGAGUUUCUGACGGAGAGUGAAACGACGAGUUAUUGUCCUUACAAGGGGAUGGCUAAUUAUUACAAUGUCAAUGUCAAGGGGAAGGAAAUCAAGGAUGUGGUUUGGUACUAUCGCUAUCCUACGGCAGAGAGUGCUUUGGUUGCCGGGAGGUUGUGUUUCUACAAUGAGAAGGUGGACGUCUUCGUGGAUGGAGUGAAGGAGGAGAAGUGAGUGCCUGCAACACAGACAACUCAGGAGUUCGGCCCGGACUUUUCAUUCUCCUCUCCUGCAAGAGCGGA